UGCUUUGCAGUUAAAGCAUCAUUUACUUAGUCGUAUACUUUCAUUCAACUUUGCUGGACCAACAAACGAACGGAAACUGAGUGUAUGUGUCAAGAAAAAAAGUCAUUAAUUGCAAUUUUAUAUGCUCCAUUACUAUAACAAGUCACUUAACCCAUCCAAAGGAAUAAUAAAAAGAAAAUACUACCAAUUUGCUGGUAGACACAUAUUUUUUGUUUUUAUAAGUAAUAAAUUCAUUUAAAAUCGAUUGAUUGUUUAUUUAGUUUGUUGGUAAAAGAAAACGGUUUAUCAAAAGAAUCAUGCUGUAUCGGUAUUUCAAGCAAGAAUUCUGUGUAGGAAUUCAAGAGUGUCUGUGCGUAUUUUUGUAAAAGCAAUGUGAGUGAGUGGCUUUUGUGUGACACCACCCCAAAGGAAAAACCAGAUACAAACAAAAUUGAUUUCAAUUAUGAGACAAAUGAGAAUUUAAACAAAUAAGUACUACACAAAGAAAACAAAUUAUUUUCCAAAUAAUAAAGCAAAUAAUAAAAUAAAAAAUUUUAAAACUAAUUUUAAAUAACUAAUUUAAAAGAAACAAAUUUUUCACAAAUAAUUAAAAAUAUUUUACGCUUAAAAGAUUUGCCUCAAAUCACGGAGUGUUAAAAAAAAACAAAAGAAAAUUUUUGACAAAAAAAGGAUUUUUCUUUUCGUUCGUGGCAUGAAUAGACAAAAAUGUUAUGAGUUUGUGUAAAUUUUUUACUUAUAAAAGUCAAUAGAAUUUUAUAUGCUUGAACGUGUAAGUGAGAAUUUUAACAGAGAGAACAUGAAAAAAAUAUAUUUUAACUAAAAGCAACAACAGCAUCAUCAUAGAUCAACAAUAUAAGUAAAAGAAGAGGCUAAAUAAGCAAAAGAAUAAAAUAAAAAUAACAGGAUUUAAAUAAAUUAUAACACAAAAACAAAGUGUAGAGAGAAAGAAAACAAAAAAAGUUAAUUAUGUAUUUUUUUGUGGAAUGGUUUUACGGACUGUUUGUUAUCACCGCAUACCAUUUACUGUUAUCAUAGCUGUCAUUGCUUCCCAAAUCAAAAUCCUUUAAUAAAUUCAUUUAGUUUACGCACAGGUAGAGUGUAUAAGCCGUAGUUAAAGUAGAAUAACGACACCAACAACAACACUACUAACUAGAAUAAAUACAAAAUAUAGCAACAACUAUUUAAGCAAAACAAAAAAGUUUAAGAAAAACCCUAAAACAAAUACAAAAAGAGUGAAAGAAAACAGAAAAUAAAAUAUGUAUGUGUAAAAAUUGUGUUCGUUUAUAAUUCCACAUCUUCAGCAUUCAUUCGUAUUACUCGCAUAAUAUAAAUGUUGUUGGCACUGCCUUUGCUGCUGCCACUGCUGUCACUGCUGCUGCUACUUUUGUUUUCGUAGAUUUUGCGAUUUGUGUCACCGCCAUUCAUUUUGUAGCUUCCGGUUUGCAAAAGGAAAUUGCUAUAAGGGAAUUUUGCUCCUUUUUUGUAUACAAAUAAAAUAAAUUGGCUACAAAAUUUUCAACAAGAAACACACACACACAUAUAAAUUCUAAUUUAUUUUUCACAUUAAACCCUAAGCCUCAAUACGAAAUCGCCUUAAUCAUACAGCGAGCUAACAUCAUUUUGCCUGCCUCAUCAUGAUAAAUUGCAGAAGAGAGUUAAUAAUUUAAACAAUAAAUUGUUUUAUAAGACAUCAAUCAUACAUACAAACGUGUGCGCCCCUUUAACGCCAAAAUUAACCUCAGCUAAAUUUUUGUUAGCAUUUUGAAACGGUGAUUAUGAAUAAAAAACCACCCUUGCCAAUAACGGCGUUUAUUGGCGGUCCACAAACAAAUGCUGGCUCUCUAGCAGCAAAUAAUGCCAACAGUGCGACAAACUCUUCGAUGUGUUUCUCGACGCCGGCGAAAAGUGAAAAACAGCGUGAUCAUCACAAUCAGGCAAAUACGGGCAAUACAGGUCUGUGUGGCUGCCACAAGGCACCAAAAUCACAUUGCAUAUCGGCCACAGGAGUUUUAAUAUUAGUUCUUCUAUACACCGCCAUGGGUUCUAUAAUAUUUGUUACGCUUGAAGGAGAACUUGAUGAUAAUAGUUCUUUAGAGACGGCUGUAGCUGCUUCGAAACCAUAUCCCCGUAACGAGUUAGCCAAUGCGGAAAUAAGAUCGAGAACGGUUGAUCGUUUGUGGUCGAUUACUGAAGAUUUGAAUAUAUUAUACAAAGAGAAUUGGACACGUUUGGCUGCUCAGGAAGUGCAACAUUUUCAGGAUACUUUAUUACGUUCAGUGCGUCAAUCAAAAAUUCAUCAGCCUGGAGUUCAAAUGAAUCCGCCCACUCAUAAAUGGACUUAUGCUUCAGCAUUUUUAUAUUCACUGACUUUAAUAACAACGAUAGGUUACGGUGGUAUUUCACCAAGAACCCAAUGGGGCCGUAUAGCUGCUUUAAUUUAUGCUCUAUUUGGUAUACCCAUUGUUUUGCUGUAUCUGUCGGCCAUGGGAGAGGGUUUAUCAGCUGGUAUGCGCUGUUUAUUUCGCAAGGCUCGUUCGAAAAGCGCCAUUAGCAGUGGCAGCAGUAGUGGUGGUGGCGGUGGAGGUGUUAACGGUGGUGGCAACUCAAAUUCAGCUGUCACAUCAGGAGGUGGCGGUGGUUCGAAUAAGAAACAUGCGAACGACAUUAAAAGUCACAACAAUCCCAGUAAUAAACAUUAUGCCAGUGGCAAAAUGUUGGCCACACAUCAAUAUGGCUCAUUAAGUAAACAUCAGUAUCAGGCAACGGGUUCACCCAGUGUGCCCAUUUCCAUAUGUGUCAUGGUUUUGAUUUGCUACAUAACAUCAGGUGCAUUACUUUUUCACAAAAUGCAAAAUUGGACUGUUUUGGAGGCCUUGUACUUUUGCUUCACUUCUUUGGGUACCAUUGGUUUUGGAGAGCUUACGCCUGCCGGCAAUUUGACAUUAUAUUUGGCCUCUGCCUAUAUACUGAUAGGCAUGGCUGUGGUGGCCAUGUGUUUUAGUCUAAUACAAACCGAACUUGUCAUGUGGCUGAGACGUUUUAGUGUACAAGAUCAUGUUAUGCCCCAGACCGAUGAUGUCUCACUAGUGUCGGUGUCAGUGACGCCCAAAUCCUCCUGACAACGACCUACAGCUGACCUGCUAGCAGGCAGCUUAGCUGGCAGCAAUGCCAUGGGCCAGCAUCAAACCAUGUUCUUUGGACCAGCCCAUACCUUCUCCCAAUACAACUCAUUGCCCAGGCGAGGCAUGAAUUCAAAUUUCCAGCGUAAUACCCCCAUAAGAAGAUCAACGGGCAUACCAGAACAUCAUAUUGAGUAUUUUGUGCCACGCAGCAUAAGUGAGUUUAAUCUGUCGGGAGUGGGUGAUUUGGCUCUUCCACCACCCCGAAGAUGUUCACCUACUAUACAAAAUACAGGCAUGCAAUUGCCACAUGGCCUACAAUUGGGGCCGCCACAAACAUUACUAUGUGGUCCACCGCCACCACAGCAGGUGCAAAUCAUAAUGAAACCCAGGGAGAAAAUGGUCACUUUUGAAGAUGAAUCAAAAGGCAUGAUACCACCACCACCCACCUCUAGCAGUGCGGCCACAACGGUGGGCGCCACCUGUCCCCAUGGAGUGCCGACAACACCACGCAAAUCAACGACGGGCAUUGGUGUGGGUGGUGGUGGAGAUGUUUUUAUGUGACGUGAAUCAUUAAGAUGACCCACACUUAGUGGUUUGUUAGGCGAUACCACUGGCGAGGAUGUCUUUACUCUCAGCGGUAGCACACAAAAUAAUGAAGAUCAUGAUGCGACCACCGGUUCUGGCAGUGAACGCACUUCUUUAGAUGGCAGCUUAAGUGAUCUAAAGACAAAAUCCACACCGGGUGAUGUGAUACGAGUGUAAAUUAUAUUAAAUAGAAAUUUAAAUGCAAAACAACUUCCUUGAUAUUACAAAACAAACAGAAAACCAACCAACCAAUUCUUAAAACUGAAAUUUAGUGUUAGUGUUAAAAAAAAAUUUACAAAGAAAAAAAGAAAAUAUUUGUAUAUUAUUUUCAUGCUUUUGAUUUUCUGUUACCCGGGAGGUUACAAUUUUAAUUUCAUUUAUAAUUUCUAAUUGGUCAAUUGCAAAAACGGCGAAGAAGUAACAAUAAAAAUAGCAAAUCUUUGCUAAAGAAAUACAAAAGCACAAAACAAAAGAAAAGGAAAUGAUAUUGUUUUGCAAGAAAACGAUGCAUUUGAGUGCAAUUUGUAACAAAAAAAAAUAAGAAACUUGGCGGAAAAACAAACAAAAACAAGCAAAACCACACAACAGCCACAAUAGCGCGACGCUGUCAACAACAACCAACAGCAGUUUAUUGUCUUGGCGACCUUAAUUAUUGCAACAAUAAAAAAAACAAUUGGUAAGAAAACAAACUUCUCUUAUAACAAAAAUCAUUUCACUAAUUGCCAACAUUUUAUUGUCACACUUCUAAACAAUGUAUGACAAUUCAGAUAAACAUUGUCUCAACUGUUACUAACACUUGCUCUGCUGCAACCCAGCGAAAUUCCUUACAUUAUUUCCAAACAAUAUUCUAAUAAGACAAUAGUAAACAUGCAAAAUUGCUGGGUUGUAACAAUAGUAAAAUUUACACUCGUGCUAGUUUCUGCACUUUAAAAAUAAACUGCAGCAAAAUUUUAGUAAAGAAAAGUUUAUUUAAAAAAAAAAAUCCAAUUUUCUUUUAUAAAAGUAUGUGUAUGUCACAAUGCAUUCGCUCACAUAUAAAUUUCUUCAACAACGACUUUUGCAGAAUAUGUCUGUAUGUAUAAGUACAACCAAAGAAACAAAAAUAAAAAAAGAAUAUUACCGCAAGUGAAUUGUGGUUUAAAGUGUUCCAAUUUUAUUUUAUGUAUGAGUAUGUUGCAGCAUAAGCAUAUGUGUGUGUGUGUGUGUGUGUGAGAGUAUUUGUAAAAAAAAGGACGAGAAAAUAAAAAACAAAAUAUAAUGACAAUAUGAAAGUGAGAUGUUUGCUACAAUACCAACUAAGUCAUAACAACUUUUGUUUUAUUUUAUAGUUUUUUUUUUGCUCUUUUGCAUUUUUUGUUUUAGUUUUCAUUUUCAUGUAGUGGCGUUUUUUUUUUCUUGUUGUAUUUUUUUGUGCAUCAUCAACAGUAGCUGCAAAACAAUACAGUAUAACUUGCUUAAAAUGAAAACUACUUGGCAAAUUUUCUAAGUUUCCUAUUGGUUCAAAUUUUGUUAGUUAUUUUACUUUUGUUUAUUUGUAUAUUUCUAUACAAACAAUUGUUUUAUAAUGUGGUAAAUAAUAGACAUCAUCUAAAAUUGUUUAGAUGAUGUUUUUAAAAAAAAAAGUUCGGGAGAUAAUAUAAGGUUUAGUUUAGUAAUACAGUAUUAGAAUAUUUGCGGUUUAUACUCCCUCUCUCAUAUAGCUUUACAAAAGAGAUUGAUUUGUAAAUUACUUUUACAAUCGAUUUUUGUUAAAAGACAAAAUUUAAAAAUUUAAAUUUUUUUCUUUAUUUUAAGGAAAUUUUCAUAUCGAUUUUCUAUUCAUAAAUAAUUUUGUUAUUUAGAAAAAUAUUGUUUUUACAAGAACAUGAUUGAAUAAAGAACCAAAUUUUAAAAUAUCUUUGAAUUUCUAAAUUAAAUUGAGACUCCUUCUUACACUUUAUUCUAAACUUCUUUAAUCCCCUUAUAAGUCCAUCAUAAUCUUGUUGUACUGUAUCUAGGAGUAUUUAGUAUCUGAUGCAUGUUUUUUUUAAUUUUUUUUUUACUUCUGGAUUUCAACCGUUUGCUGAACAUAAUAUAUAGAUUUGUAUGUAUGUUGCUAUAGUUGGUGACUUAUGGUGCAUACGAAUGAAUAGCAUAUAUGAUUGAAAUUCAAAAAGAAAAAAGUAGAGAAGAAAGAACAUUAAGCCGGAAAAAAUAGAACAGGAGUGUAGGAUAUAAAUGUGGAUAUAAAUGUUUUCUAAGUGACAAGUGAGCUAUAAUGUGUUUUCUCUCUCAAGAAUUAAUGUUUGUUUUCUAGCACGAAUUAAACUUAAAUAUGUGAUGCGUGCUACGAUUUGUCAAUACAGGCAAUAAAUACUAGUUUACACAUACACACACGCUCUAGCAUACAUAACAAUUGUUAUACAACAUGUGUGACAUAAGGAAGAAUAUGAAAAAUUUGUACCCACCCACGGAUGCGACAAAUAAACUUUUUCUUAGCAAAAACAAAAAAAAAUAUUUUGCAAGUAAACAAAUUUUGAAAUUUAUUAAAACAAAAUUCUGUCACAUGACAACAUGCCUUGUUAAAGUUGUAAAAAAAUAAAUCUUUAAAAAAUUUAAUUAAUUUAUUAUUAUUUUCCACAAAUUUUAAAAUUCAUUUGUAAAAUACAUAAACCUUAUAGCAUUUAACACACACACACAUCUACACAAUGUAAAUCAAAUGCAUAUAUACAUACUCACACAUUUAAAUAAAUUUUAUGCAUACAGUUUGUAAAAUUAGUCAAGUAAAUAAAUAAAUUCCUUAAAAAAAUAUAUAUAAAUAUAAAAAUGUAAUAAAAGUAAAACAAUUUUGCCACAAUAUUAAAAAAAAUAAACAAACAUACAAUGAAAAUAAAUUAAAAACAAAAACGAAUAACAAGAGAAAUAUACCACACUAUAGUUAAAAAAAUAAUAAAUAAUAAAAUAAAAAUCAUCAUAAUAAUAAAAUAAUGAAAUAUGUAUGUAAUUAAAAUACAUAAGAGAACAAAAUUUCUAAGCCAAAUCUCUUUAAGGAUAACUAAGCAAAAUAUGCUUAAAACAUAAAUAAAUAUAAUAAUUGUAUAAAAACCAAACACACACAGACACACAACACACAAUAUCACCAACAAAAACCACACAGAUACAAAAUUUUAUCAUAAGAUAUUUAAAUAUCUUUAGCGAACAAAACAACAAGUAAAAAGUAGCAUAAAUUAUAAAAUAAUAAUAAUAAUCUAAUUGUAAUUUUUAAUUACUUCAAUAAAUCUUAAAUCAUAAGUAGGUAUGUUGCCAUAGAAAAAAUAAUAAUAAUACAAAAUUGUGUUGUUGAAAUUUGACAACACACUCCGGCAGAACGAAAAACAUUUUAAAAGCCAGACCAAAACCUAAUUUAAAACGACACCAAAAAAAAAAAUAAUCAUAAAAAUUAAAAACCCAAAAAAAUUUAAUACAGACAACUAAAUUUGCAUUAUAUUUGUAAAAUUUUGCAAAAAACGAAAACUGUUUUUGGUAAAAAAAAAAUUGGCAACAUUAAGCAGUAAACAAAAAAUGGACUUACUACAACAACUGAAACAUAAAAACUAAUUAAUAAGUAAA